AUGAAUACCUUUUCAGUAAGCUUCAAUGCCGGCCAGGGGCUGGGCGGCUUGUCGGUGACACAAUAUGCGUGUAUCGGUGCAAACGUCCUGUUUCUGGCCAGUGCAAUCGUCACUACCUUCACGUCCAACAUAGGAGGAGACCCGUUUGCCCACUUCAAUUCAGUGCCGUCUUGGAUGUUUACGGGCUUUUGUUCCUUUGGAGUAGCUGCCUUCAACAUUGUCUUCACCGGGACUAGCUGGUCACGCUUUCGAAGCGUUGCAGACAGCGUGCCUGAGCCGGGCUACGAAGACAAGCGAAUGCUCGACCUGAAAACUGCAUUUUACCUGGGUACAACCAUUGGCGGAGUCUUCGCUGCUGCUACAGCCUUCCUGGCCAUUGUAUGGUCGCGACUAGCGGCUGAGAACCCUCCUUUUCUGGUGCCUUGUGCCUUCGGCGGCCUUGCCGUGUCGGUUCUCCCACUGGUCCCUCCUCCUCAAUGCUCUGCUUGGGAAGGAACUAACGAAAUGAUCUUUGCUGUAGGCUCCUCGACGUGGCCGUAA